UGACCAUGCUGGUCUAGACUAGUCAUGUCCAAACCAAAUACAUAAUGUUUUUGGAAAUUAGUGCAGCCUCUGUUCAUCUGUUGCCCACUUUCUUACUGAACCAAUAAUAGAGCUGACUUUCAAAGGCGCAGAGGCAGAAUGGGGCGCAAAAAGAUGACACAAUGCAGGUCGCAGCGGGUGUUCCAAAAGCUGAACCAAGAGCGGUUGUGGACCACCAAGGAGAAGGAGAUGCUGCUUCUGGGCCUGCGACUCUACGGCACCUCCAACUACGAGCAGCUGCAGCAGUUUGUGCCCAGACGGACCAUGAUCGAGCUCCGAAACUUCUUGCAGAUGCACAAGCUGGAGGGCAUGUGGAAACCCAAAAAUCCGGAGGCAGAGGCGCCCAUCGACUUGUGGCUCGAGGCCCUAGGCGCCAAGGACAGAGGCGGCUGUCUCAAUGCCGGCAACUCCAAAGAAAUCAGCCAGCAAUUGAAAAUGAUUGCCGUGUGUGAAAGGCAUCCUCCACCAGAGAAGUGCGAAGGGGUCGAUUUCAGAGAGCUAUACUAUUACUUGGCGACGGUCCUGUCUGGAACUCAUCCCAGACAAAUUUCUCUCGGGUCGGCACAGCUCAUUUUCCACUGCUGUCUGUGGCUGGCCAGCAUGACCGUUGACCAAGACCUGAGUGCCCCGAAAAACUUCCUCAACAAGGUUAAUGCAUCCAGGGAUGGUGUCCAAAUCAAGAACACUUACAGCAAAUAUGCUUUGAUGGUUCCCCCUGAGGACAGCAUUAAUGCAGACAAAGGGAUGAAUCCGCUAGGGGUGCCGUGCGAAAUGCUAUUGCUGAGUGAGCAGGACGCAGCCCUGAUCAGCGGAGAAAACCUGGUCGACGACCCAUACGCUGCUCCACCUGCCAUCCCUGAGACGAUUUCCAACUCUGAAAUCGACUUUGGAGAUGCAGAAGAGGAAGUCGGCAAAGAUCAGCAGCUUGAUGAGGGCCAGAUUACAGUGGUGUUUGAUGACAGCUUCAUGGUGGACAACAACACAGAAUUUUCCAUUGUAGUCGACCCCAACUAGAUCGGUCUUGAAUUAAUUAAACCCUGAUGUAUACCAACCUUUAUCUUUAUUGACCAAUAACAUUUUUUAACUUUUCAUACUAGAGCAAGUAUAUCAGAAAAAAACUAACUGUAAAUAACUAAUCACAAGAAUAAACAGUGCGCGUAAUACAAAAA